UCGAAAUUAUGUUUAUCAAGUUCAUUUCCAUCGUAUCGCUGUGUAAAUUUAUUAUUUUGCUGCUGCUACCGGAGCCCAAUGGCGGCAAUCUGAUUAAAGCGGAUUAUAGUGAACGAUUACCUGAAUACAUUAAUGUUUGUCAUGCAAACGACCCGAAAUUGAAUGAGUGUGUCAAAAAAUCGAUUCUUAAUUUGCGUCCGUAUCUCAGCAAUGGCAUUCCAGCGUUAUCGAUACCCUCUGUAGAUCCCUUGGAAAUUCCGAAAAUCAGCUUGCAACAAGAUUCAGGUCCAAUUAAUCUAAAUUCGCGCUUUGAAAACAUCAAAAUUCAUGGAUUGUCGCACUUUCGGAUACGCGCAGUGCGAAUUGAUCCGGAAAAAGCGAAAUUUCGGUUGCGUUUGUGGUUUCCGGAAUUGCACAUGGUCGCCGAUUACUAUGUCAAGGGAAAAUUUUUGAUGGUGCCCAUGGUAGGAAAUGGAAAAUCAACAGGAAAUUUCUCUGACGUCGAUGCAAUUGCGUCUCUCAAAGCGGAGCGUUUCAAUCGUGAUGGUCGAGAAUUUUUACGCAUCAAAGAUAUUUUCGCCGAAUUUAAUAUCGGACAUGCCAGUGUUCGUCUCGACAGUUUGUUCAACGGCAACCAAGAACUCAGUGACACCCUCAACCAAUUUCUGAAUCAAAACUGGAAGGCAGUCACGGCGGAAAUCAAACCCGAACUCGAGGAAUUCAUUUCGAACUUUUUGAACGAGACAACGAGCAAUUUGUUCAACAGAUAUCCGUACGAACAGUUGUUGCCAAGCGGAGUGGCGGCAUCAAGUACUUCGCCAAAGUAA